AAUACCCAGCGGGGAGGGAGCAGGAGAGCAGAGGCCAUUCACUCCGACACACACACAGACACUCUCAUAUGCAGGCACACACAUGAACUCUUACAGACACACACAUGAACAAAAUAGAUGCAUUGCCACAGAAUAGAGGGAGGGAGAGAGGCAUUCAGAAGGGCAGGCAGAGAUCCUCGGCCAGCUGAACUAGAAGAAAGAAAAGAAAGAACAUCAGCCUGAGGAGUGUGUUCAGGAGAAAAUCCAACCUCAGUGUUUGCACCUCUGUGUGUUUUAGUGGAGCGGACUGCAUGUUGGAUCCCUGGAAAAAGAUUCACAAUGACUGGGAAAAUUUUGGAAAACUAGGAGAUUAAAAAAAAAAAAAUCCAAACUGUGCUGGGAAUACUGUUUGGAAUAAUCUGAAUAUGUGACCAUCGUUGGAAAUCCUUCUUUCAUUUCUGAACCUGUUUGUCAAAUCAUUCACUUGCUUUUUGUUAAAGGGAGCACUAAAUCAAAAUGCCUACUGACGAUUACAGCUACCUGCCUGAUGCAUUGCCUCCCCUUCCUGAGGUCCCGGACACCGGGUCAGUCCUGAGCUCCGUUGACAUCCCAGCUCGCUGCCUCCGCAACCCAGCCUUCCGCCACGCUUCUUCUCGCUACUGCUCCGCCCUCAGCAUGGACUCCUCUCCCGACAGCGCCGAAAGGCCCAUCAGCUACAGCUCCACAUCCUCCUCUGCCUCCUCCAGGGACAGUCACUGCUCGUUGGGCAGCCACACAACUCUUGUCGCCGCCCCGCACUGUAACCCCAUGACCGCAGACCGGGACUCUGGGGCGAUUCGGUUGGAGCUGGUCCCUGCGAGGCAGCUGGAAUGCAGAGAGGAAGAUGACAGAAAUGAUGGAGCAACGGACACAGGGACAGGGCAAGGAAGAUAUAGCAGUGCACAGACUCCAACUGAAAAUUCAGAGCCUGAGCUGAGCCCAGAAGGAGGGGAGCGGGCGAAUCAGGGACAGGGACCAAGAACAUACGUGGACCGGGUGGUGCAGGAAAUACUGGACACAGAGAGAACCUACGUACAGGACCUACGUAGCAUUGUAGAGGACUACUUGGAGUGCAUAAGUAACCAGUCUCGACUGGCCUUGAGCUCUGAGGAUAAAAAGUCACUAUUUGGCAACAUCCAGGACAUCUACCACUUUAACAGGGAUCUUCUUCAUGAUCUUGAGAAGUGCAACGCAGACCCCGUGGCCAUCGCGGAGUGCUUUGUAUCCAAGAGUCAGGAGUUCCACAUUUAUACCCAGUACUGCACCAACUACCCACGGUCGGUUGCUGUGCUCACAGAAUGCAUGAGAAACAAGGCGUUGGCCAAGUUUUUCCGCGAGCGCCAAGAAUCUCUGAGGCACUCCUUGCCCCUGGGCUCCUACCUGCUCAAGCCAGUGCAGAGAAUCCUCAAGUACCAUCUACUAUUGCAUGAGAUAGCCAACCACAUGGAGAAGGACACGGAGACCUAUGAGGUCGUACAGGAAGCCAUAGACACCAUGCAGAGAGUGGCGUGGCACAUCAAUGACAUGAAGAGGAAGCACGAGCACGCUGUGAGGUUGCAGGAAAUCCAGAGCCUUCUGACCAACUGGAAGGGCCCUGAUCUGAUUGGCUACGGAGAGCUGGUCCUUGAAGGAACAUUUCGUCUGCAGCGUGCCAAAAAUGAACGAACACUCUUCCUCUUUGACAAACUUCUAUUAAUAACUAAGAAACGAGAAGAAACCUACACGUACAAGGCUCACAUCCUGUGCUGUAAUCUGAUGCUGGUGGAAGUCAUCCCUAAAGAACCACUGAGUUUCAGUGUGUUUCACUACAAGAACCCCAAACUACAACACACAGUCCAGGCUAAAUCCCAGCAAGACAAACGCAUGUGGAUCUUACACCUCAAGAGACUCAUACUUGAAAACCAUCCUGCCAAAAUCCCUGCCAAGGCCAAACAAGCUAUUUUGGAAAUGGAUGCAACACAUCACCCCGGGUUUCACUAUACCCCCGACGGUGAAAAGAAGGAUUCCCCUCAAACCAAGGAAGGCCCCACUCCUCGUAGAGGACGCAGGAAAGAACCUUUGUCCAAAUUACUGAAGAAUGCUAAGCAGAAUGCAGCCAAUGCAGACGGUGAAAAACGAACAAGUCUAGGUGCCACACUGCUUUCUCCGGUGUCCCAGCUGGCUCUGGGCACAAUUGGCCGCAGCCGUAGCCUCAUCAACCAAUCACAGGAAUCCUUAGAUCCUGGCGAUCACUAUGACCACAGUGACCGGGAGGAAGGGGAGGAGUCACAUCAGCAGGACGCUGACGAUGAGGAUGACAGUGGUCUGGGAGGUGGAAAGAGGCUGCGAGUGCCUGGCAAAGGCAGUAGAAAGAGGCUGAACCCUCAGGCUUCUGUUGAUAGCAUUGAACAGUGGAAAGCUUUCAACAUGAGUUCAGCAGACCUACAGAGAGCCAGAGAAUCCCUCGUACGGGACGGAAGUCACCACCCACCACUCCUCAGGACACCACACGUGACAGAGGAGCCUCCAGACUCCCCCAUUCCCUCUGUAAUAGUAACAGAAAGUGACCCGUCGGUGAGGAACAUUUGGGCAGACCAUCAGGCUCGCAGGGCCAUGUUCCCCACCCGCCAGAGAACAAUGCAGCCUGACGAUGAAGACGAGGACAUCUACCAGAUGUUUGUUCCCACAGAGCCAAACGGACAAGAGCCAGAGGUGCCUUCAGAGAGAUCAGAAGCUACCUCAUCGCCAAGGACCGCUCGGCCCUGCAGCUGGCAUGUUGAACAGGUGCCCACGGUGCAGGUUGAACCUCCACCCAGCGGUAGCAGAGUUCUGCGGAGGGCAAGCAGUGCCGGGGAGAAGGCUACAGAGGCUCGAGAGAGCCCAGGAGAUGACCAGGCCGGUCACAGCAACCUGGAAGUGAUCCACACUGAAUCAUCCAGCAAUGAUAUAUCUGGAUCAUCCUCAGCUGAGCAGCUGACAAUGGAUGACAUUGAAAAUGUUUAUGACAAUAUCAGCUAUGAGGACCUAAAGAGCAUGGGCCUCAUCAGAAGAGACCCUGAAGAAAGCCAGUCGCUGAAAGAUGCUUCUACAGAUGGACAGCGUUCCCAGAGUGAGGCAGAGAGAGCAGUCAAUGUUCCAGAGGUCAAAGAGUCCAUGUCCAAACCAGACAGUUUGCCAGAGGACCAUAAGUCACUAACACAAGAUGGGAAGUCAUUUGGGACAUGUGAACUCAAAAUAGUGGAGGAGGAGAAUAUCUAUGACACAAUCUGUUUUAGGGAUCCGCCAUCAACCAAGGUCAUGGAAAAAAAUGAAGGUGAUAAAUUAAAAGAAGAGAGGGACAGUGUGCUUCUUAGAGCAUUUGUUUCUGAGCAGAGCUCCCACUUUAGAGAGGAUGAAGGACCAGCCCCCCGUCUUGCCCCAUGUUCUUCUGAGCCUGAUUUUUCAUCUUCUUCCACCUCUGAGACCUUUUCUCAGAGCUCACAGAAAGGAGAUAAGAUGUCUGAGCAGGUCGAUGAACUCUGGAACGACUUGGAAAACUACAUCAAGAAAAAUGAGAAGAAAGCUGAUCGACUUCCUGCUGCAUUCCCAGUGAGUGGCAGCGAGUCGCCAAAGAAGACCUCGUCUGUCAAAAAAAGUCCUGUGAAGAGCGCCCCUGUAAAUGCUCAUGCAGCCUGUGCACCCAGCAGUCCCCCAGCACAUCAACCUAAGCCCCCACCUGUCACUGCCACACCCUCAUUCACCAUCCCAGUUAUCAACCUUCCUGAACAAAGUGAAAGUACCACUGAAGAAGAAACCCACAGCCCUUCUCCCGCAUCACGCCCCCUUCCUGUCACCCCAGAGCCCGUCCCAGGAACUGUGAAGAGCAUCCGCAACCGACUGGCUCGUCUAAGCAGCGGCAGCUUUCGCCUGGAGGAUGACGAUCUGGUGGAGCUUCCCCAGCGAAACAUCUCUCAGAGAGAAAAUUCCCUCAAGGACCUUCACAGUUUGUUCCCAGGGGAGCUGGCAGGUCUGGACUCACCCCUGGCAUCCUCCUCUCUCCUGCUGGGUGAGUCUGUGGACUUUCCCCUGGAACUGAUGGACAAAACUAAGAGCCGUGUGUUCCUCAUGGCACGCCAGUAUAGCCAGAAGAUUAAGAAAGCAAACCAGCUGCUGCGCAUGAGGAGCAUGGACCCUGGAGACUCUUGCAGUCGGGCCAGAGCAGAGAAGAAACAGAAAGAUCUCGCAGCCAUCUUAGAGGAGAAGAAACAAGGAGGUGCAGCCAUAGGUGCACGGAUAGCAGAGUACUCCCAUCUGUAUGACCAGGUGAUGUUUAAAGAUUCCUCCAGUCCAACCUCUGCUACUCCACAUCACUCCCAUCCAGGUCUGUCAUCUUCUCCGUCCAUGCCUGAGACCUCUCUGGAAGAGGACUGGCUCCACUCUACCUACAGCAACGGAGAGCUGGCCAGCUUUGUCUCCUCGUCUAGCGAGGUGGGGGAGGCUCGAGCAUCUUCUACCCCUCAGCGCAGGCUUACUUCAGCCUGCUCCACCCCUUCUUUCUUCCCUCCAUCUCCGACCACUCCACCGGCACAGAGAUGGAGUUCAUGCAUUUCGGCGCCUAGCGAGAAAGAAGAGCACGUGUACAGCUCCAUUAAGAGACAUCCUUCCUUUAAUGCACCAUCUUUGCCUGCAAAGGCCUCCCCUUCUGCUCAGUCAGUCAGUUCUACGGGCAGCCAACAGCAGGAGAAGUCUGGACUUAAAUGUAAUGGACUCGAUGUGGAUCGAUCCACAGACAGACUUCAUGGUCCAAGUCUAGGCCGAGCUGGCCGGCAAAGUAGCCUCCCAGAGCGGUCUACCCAGGGGCUUUCAGACCUCACUUUACACGAUGGCCAAAAGGUGGUGGUCCUGAAUCGGGCUUCUGCACUGAGCAUACUCACCGCUACCCAGAACUACUUGGCCAACUUCAAGGACAAUGGGGAAGACGACGACGACUAUGUCGAAAUCCGCUCAGAGGAUGAGAGUGAACAACAGCGUGACAGGUUGGCGCAGAAGAACGGCAGCUCAGCUGCUCUUGCCGGUCAGAAUCGGGGAGUUAUCCAGUCUCAGAGUCUACCGUGCACCCCAAUCCGCUCCUGCGACCCGCUGAGACCUCUGGACCACGAGCAUCUGGAGAAAUACCUGUGGAACGAGCCGCAGCAGAGCCAGCCCAACAUCGUCCAGUCUCUGAGGGAGAAGUUUCAGUGUCUGAGCUCCAGCAGCUUUGCCUGAGGCUAUGUGUCAACUAAAAAGCCAAAUCUAUAUUAACAAAGGGAACAAUGCUGCUUGGCCUUGAAUGCCCUACAUCUUAAAACACAAAGAAAUAUAAAGCAAAUAUAACACAACUCUCAGUGUAGAUCAGCCAUAUUUGUAAUGACAUGUUAAUGCCUUUGCCUUCUGUUACAGUGCUUUGAAGUUUAACAUAAUAGGUGACCAUUAACGGUCAAAACGCCACAUCAAAUCUUGCAUGUAAGCUGCCUUAGCACUUCCAGAGAUCGGGGUGGGGGGGUGAGGGGUCGCUAGAGAAAAGCAAAGUUCUCAAUUGUCUGUAAAGGGAAUCCAGUGUGACUGAAAAGAUUUUAAUAUUCAAACUCUUCGAUUGCUUUUUGUGUUGAACCUUGUAGACAUAACUGGUGUCAUAUGAACUGUUGUACAGUAGUUCAGGAUACUGACUGAAAUGUACUCUCUUCUGUGCUCAAGGUCUUAGACUUAGACUUAAACAUCUGGUGGACUUUGACAGAUUGUGACCACCACCAUGUCAGAAGUACCUCUUCAACCAUGUUCUUAAGGUUAAUUUUAACUGCACUUUCAUCUCUAGUUAAUAUUUACCUAUAUAGGAGAGGUGACCCAGAGUUGUGGCUAGUUUUAAAACAAAUUUGCUUACACCAUCAAACAGUUCCAAACAAGCAGCUUUACAAAUAUACAGUUCAGAUUUGCAGUCUUCACAUGUGCUACUCAGGCUAGUUUUUCACCUUUAGGUGGCUAAUACAAGACCCAAUAGGUUAAGUAUGACUAAACAUAGACUUGUAAGUCUAUUUGAAGUUAUUGUACGUCACUCUGCCUACCACCUUUCUAGGGUAUUGUGCUUUAAAAAUUGAGAAGAUGCUGAUAUUUUAGAUGAUCAAUAAGAAAAGAUAGGAUUAAAUAUUUAUUUUGAAUCUGUGAGCAAAUCGGAAAUGUUUUUACGUGUUAAUGUCUGGGGCCAUCCAUCAUGCACAGCUUAAAUGUUCAUCUCAAUAAAUAAAUCGUGUGUGUGUGUCAAUUUUUUUUUUUUUUUUUAAAUAUUAUAAUUUAACCUUUGCUUUUAAGAGGGACCACAAAGGAAAUGAUUAAGGAGACUUACUACAGUACUGUAUAUGGUGUAGGUUUUUUUUGUUAGUGUUUUUUUUUUUGUAAUGGAUCAUCAGCUGUUUGUUUACCUUGUUUACGUCUUGGGACACUCCCAACUGUCACACUACUGAUAUUACAUCCUCACUCCCAGAAAGUCACCUCGACGGUUCGUCAACACAUUUGUUUUUUCUUUCCCAUCAAAGCAAACCCAAGAUUUAUGCCACACUUGUUUAAUUUCUGAAUGUCCUAUUUAUUUGAAAGCAUCCCUCUGUUACUGCCCCGUGUCACUAUUACUGCGAGCCACCGACUGGUUGUAAAUGAAAGAAUAUAUUUAUUGAAAGAGUUUUAUUAUUAUUUAGGAGCUCACAAAAUUUGUAUCAAAUACUGUGAAUAUUAUCCGAAAAUGUUUCUAUCACGCACUGCUUGAUAAAUACUUACGAAAAGAAAACCCCACAAACACUUAAAAAGCACAAGAUCGUGGCCUGUUGUUCAUGUCAGGAAAAUUGCGUCAAACACAAGUUAGGAAUAUGAAGUAUUUUUGUUCCAUUGUACAUUUUCGUCCUGUUUCACUGGUGGGGAUUGUCAGUUUUCAUUUACUUUUUUUUUUCUUUUUUGCACUUUUUUUUUGUCUUUUUUUUUUUUUUUUUUUUACGUUGAAUUUGUAAACACUUUGUAAAGAUGUACAUUUUAGGAAGGUUAUUCUUCUAUGCCAUAGGUAUGCUUUUUAAUGCUUUGAUGUUUAAGUUAAGUCUACUGUAUUUUUUUAACUGGCUAGAUGUCGUGGCUCAACAAACUAUGUUGGAGGUAAUAAAUACAGAUUAAACUCA